AUGGUUUUUAAACGAGUUUUAAAUUGGUUAAUUAAUUUUACUAUUGUGUUCCUAAUCAUCACAUUUUCGCCUGGAUUAGGACCUAAGACGACUUUCCCUUUUGAGGAAUUCAGUAUUGUUAAGCCAAAGGCACUUACAGGGGCUUUAGAAGUAAAUAAUCAUCUCGAUCAUGCUGAUCAGUUAUUGAAAGGUCAGCUUCCUGGACCAGAAUUUCUUCUGCCAGCAGGAAAAUCAUAUUAUGCAUCUCUUCAUAAUGGCAACAUUGUGAGAAUCGAUGGAGAUCAUAUUACAUUCAUUGCAAAGUUUGGAAAGCCUUGCGACUAUCCAACUGAAGAAUCAAUUUGUGGACGACCUCUUGGAAUGGCAUUUGAUACACUAAAUCCUGAUCAAUUGAUUGUUGCUGAUGCUUACUAUGGAAUCUGGGAAUUGAAUGUUAAAACUUUCGAGCAGAAGCAAAUUGUCAAGCCAAAUGCAGAAUUAGGAAAGAAUAAUCCAAGAGUAGCAAAAAUGUUCAACUCAAUUGCUGUUGCCGAGAAUGGAGAUAUUUUCUUCAGUCAUUCUUUAUCCGACUUUGGAAUGGAUAAUGGAGCUUAUUCAUUCUUCUCAAAUCCAGAAGGUCGUUUAAUUCAUAUUGAUAGAAAGUCCAAGGAAGUCAAAGUUAUUUUGGAUAAUUUAUGGUUCCCCAAUGGAAUUGCAUUAUCGCCAAAUGAAGAUUUUAUUGUUUUCGCUGAAACAAUGGGAUCAAGAAUUCAAAGAUACUGGCUCAAUGGUGAAAAGAAGGGACAAUUAGAAGCAUUUGUUGAAGGUCUUCCUGGGCUUCCAGAUAAUAUUACACCUGAUGAGGAUGGACUUUGGGUUGCACUUGUUGUUGCUGCUGAUCCAGAAAACCCAAUGCUUCCACAUUCAUUGACUAGAUUACCUUAUGUUAGAAAAUUCUUGUUUAGAUUGCUUUAUCUCGUUGAGUUGCCUUUUGAAUUCAUCACAAAAAUGUAUCCAAAUCCAUACACCAAAUCUAUCGCUUACAAAAUUGGAAGCUUACCAUCACUUUCAUUCCUUUAUCCUGAUCGUAAAACAAUUGUCAGAAUGGACUGGAAUGGCAAAAUUAUUGGUAGCUUGCAUGGGUUUGAUAAAACGCUCAAUACAGUUUCACAUGUAAUGGAAUUUGGAGAUUUUCUCUAUCUUGGAUCACCUUAUGCUGAUUUCAUUGGACGUGUUUGGUUCGUCAACAAGGAUAAAAUUCAUCCAGCACAAAAAGUAAAACGUGAAACAGUCACUGAGGCUCCAAAACCCACAACAACUCAAGCACCAACAACCACAACAACUCAAGCACCAACAACCACAACAACUCAAGCACCAACAACCACAACAACUCAAGCACCAACAACCACAACAACUCAAGCACCAACAACCACAACAACCCAAGCUCCGACAACCACAACAACUCAAGCUCCAACAACAACGACUAAAAAGCCUGAAACAACAACAACCAAAAAACCUGAAACAACAACUCAAAAGGUAGAGACAACAACUGAAAAGGCGACUACGACCACUACUAAAAAACCUACAAAGGCACCCGAAGUAGUAGACACUAAACCCACUCAGACUGAGGACAAGAAGAUUAGAGACGAUGGCAAAAAGUAUGAAGAAAAGAAGACAGAUGAUCUGAAACAAAAAAAUGACGAGAAAUAUGACAGUAACAAAUAUAAUAAGGAACAUGAAAAGAAAGAUCUUUAA